CAGCUGCCGCUGCCUAUCCCUUCCUAACCCCCGAGAUUCUCCGGCUCCACCCAGUCCAAGGGUCUUUCCUCCGCUUCUCGUCUGGGCCGCGUGGGGAGCGGUUCAGGGUCCGAGAGGACUCCUGGCCUCGGCAGCUGCUGUUCAAGCUGCCCAGAUGUUCGUCCGCUGACGCUCGCCCUGGAAGCUCGGGAUCUCCGGGGAGCGGUGGCUGCAGCGCCCGGGGGGGCUUUCCUCGGCUCCGGCUCCGGCGGCGGCUGCGGCGGCUCUCCGGCGCUCCCAGCGGGAUCAUGCACUUGAGUGGGCCCAGGAAGGGAGGGGCAGCUAAGAGAGAAAAAAGGGAAGAAGAAGAAAAGCCCGAGAAGCCGGGAGGAGGAGAAACUCUUCUCCUUCGCGCCUCCGCUCCGGGGCCCGCGCUGCCGGACGGCCCGGGGGCUUAUGCUGCGGAACUGGGGCCUUCCGGCAUCUCUUGGGGGCCAUGAUUCGGCUGGGGUGGUCGCUCUGCUGGUCUAAGGGCCGGGGCACCUGCGGUAGCUCUCGGGCCCUGGUCCGGUCCUCCUCUUCUGGCAGCCCGGCGUGGGGCAGGCCCCUGCGGGUGCUCGUGGACAUGGACGGAGUGCUGGCCGACUUCGAAGGUGGCUUUCUAAAGAAGUUCAGGGCCCGGUACCCUGACAAACCUUUCAUCGCUCUGGAGGACCGGAGAGGCUUCUGGGUUUCGGAGCAGUAUGGACAGCUGAGACCCGAGCUGAGUGAGAAAGCCAUCAGCAUUUGGGAGUCAAAGAAUUUCUUUAUUGAACUUGAACCUCUACCAGGGGCUGUGGAAGCAGUGAAACAGAUGGCUCGCUUAGAAAACACACAUGUAUUCAUCUGUACAAGCCCCAUCAAGAAAUAUAAGUACUGUCCUUAUGAGAAGUAUGCCUGGAUAGAGAAGCAUUUUGGCCAGGAGUUUCUGGAGCAAAUUGUGCUCACACGGGAUAAGACUGUGGUCUCUGGAGACCUCCUUAUAGAUGACCGACCAGAUAUAACAGGGGCUGAGCCAAACCCCAGCUGGGAGCACAUCCUCUUCACCGCCUGCCACAAUAGACACCUCCAACUGCAGCCGCCCAAGAGGAGGCUGCACUCAUGGACGGAUGAUUGGAAGGCAAUCCUGGAUAGCAAGCGCUCCUCCUCACGCUGGGUUCUCCCUCCUUAAAGGGACAGGCACCUGCUUUUCAAGGAUGUGGAAGAUGUCCUAGGCCUGGUGGGGUGGGUGGGGAAAAUCAAGGAGGGAAGAGGGGGGUAAGUAGCUUCCUUUGUAAUCUUACUAGGAAGAACUGGAGCUUGGAGCUUUCUCAUAGGAGAGGAAGUAGCUCUGAAUUACCUGUCCCGGGCUUAGGAAGGAAAGGAGACUGGGCUCAGUAAGUCUCUGGCUACCACUGUAGUAGCACUUGUUGGGUCCAAGAUCUCUUUGUGCACGUCUCCUUCCCCACUGUCCUAGUUGGGCUUUUAAAAGACAAACUGACUUUUACCAUAUGUCAAGAAGGGAAGUUGACUUUUGCCUUUUGGUGUUCAGUGGCAGAAUUUAAGGCCACUCUCUCCAAAAGUUAUCUAAGACAAAGUUCUGUCAUUUGAAUAGAGGUUUGUCAUUUGAACAAAAAUCUGCCCUUCCUUGUGACCCACAUUUGAGGUUGUUCAAGCCAGUGUAGACUAUAACCUUAUUAUUUACUCAAAGAGAAUAUGAUGUAUCCAUAAAGGCCCAACAAAUCAAAUUUUUAAGCUAUUGGGUUUUUGUGGCUGAGAUCUGGGUGGGAGGGGGAUGAGACAGAGUAAUGGGUUAACAAUGGAUGGUGAGUUGUCCCUCAUCCCUUCCUGUAAUAGGUUCAUCCCCAGAUAGGUGUCAAUAGGUACGGUUUUCUUGGUCCCCAGAUUCUAUUCUCUUUAGAUCUCUAUCCUAUUCCUAAUGGCUUUGGGGUCAAGGUGUAUUCUUAGCGUUUCUUCAUUUUGCCUGUUUGGAGGUUAGAGAGAUGGUGGGUCUUGGGAGACAAUACAAGUCUUACAGUGGGGUCUGCCUGUCUCUUGCCCUAUCUAGGAUGUGAGACUUGGAACCUUUCUACUCUGGUCUCAUGAUCUGGCCUUGAAGCAACCUGUGCUUGGCCCUUGGCAUUAUAGGGAAGUCCUCAGAUAUCUGGUUUUCUGAGGCUAGUAGGUUUGAAGGCUCUAACCAUAUCCUGACUUGUUUUUCCUGGUUCCAGGAAGACACUCUGCUCCAUCUCUGUUACUGUCCCCACUCAUCCCUUCCAUCUCACUGCUUUGAUGAGGAUAACACUGAUGUAGAUGCAGACUGGAUGAGGUUGUAUGUGUCAGGGAAGCUUCAGGAAUCCAAUAGGCCUUCAUGUUAGCUUUUCUAUAAUAUCAAGUGUUCCCCUUUCCUGCCUCCCUUGGGAGUGCAGGUGGGCAGAAGCAAACUGGAAAUUGGCCCCACUAUCUUGGAGCCCUCCACCCACCCCCAACUCCUCCUCCUAGACAGCUUAUACCACCUUCCCUUUGGCCCUACUGGUAAUCCCUCAUUCCACCUCAGUGAAAAUGAAUGAAUAGCCUGAUCUACUCUCUUUGUUCUUUAUUAUCAUAAGUAGCUUCUUAUUCUAUCCCUUUCCCCAGCUGUUAUCUCUCUCAAGUGCCUUUCAGCUACCCUUACCCUUAUUUUACCCUUUACAAAAAUCAGGAUCUUUUUGGGGACCUCAUCCUAUUACCAAGAAAAUGUUCCUGCAAACCCUUAGGAAAGAUUUGAGGAGUGAUUACAGGAGGAUAAUAACACUGAAUUUGGAUUCUGAGCCUUGUCCCAAAAGGAAGAGCAUUGAGCUUCUUGGGCAGAAUGAGGGAACCAAAUGGAAAGUUCAUCCCUUCCUUGGUCCUUACUGCACCACACUACCCUUUCUCCAGGAAAAGAAUCUUCCAUCUUUGCUGUAUGUUUAGUAAGAGCUGAACCAAGAUAUCCCAGGAUCUUAUCCCCUCAAAAGCUGAAAAUUAUCAUCCCUCUUUGUCUGGAACUUCUGAUGAGGUCUUAAAAUCAUAGGAUCCCAGGUGGAUUUCAGGCUGCUGAUAAGUGCAGGAGUUACUUAGCUGGCUCCAGAAGAAAGCUGUAACUAGAGAUGAUUCCCUGUCCCCAAGGGAGUGCCUACAGGGAACAGCCAUUGUUCUUCUGAAUAUCUAGCACUCACACACAUGUAGGUCUGAGAAUAAGAGCUGGGAAAGAGACUUAUUUUCUGGAGCAUAAUUGCUUUUAUUCUCCAAAAACACUUCUAUGAGGAAAUUGAUGAUCUUGAGAAUUCCCAGACCAAGACUAUUAACUCAAGAUAAACUUUUAUGCCUCCAUUCAUUUGUGGAUUCGGAAGGAAGAAAUAGUACCGGCUGUAUAGUAACUAGUGACAGACGAAGGAUGGAGGAGGAGAGAUGGUUGGUUUCACAGAUCAAAUUAUCCCAGAAUCUGAGAGCUGGAAGGAACUCUAAGGAUAAUUUAGUCUCAGCCCCCUAAUGUAACAGAUGAGGAACAGGCCCAAGGACAAUCUGGUCUCUUUCCUCCUGUUGCAAUUACCAAGGCACCACACCACCUCCUGUUGGAACUAGUUUGUUCUCCUCCCUUUUUAUCUUGUCCCAGACUCACUCCCUUCCCCCCAGAGGUCAGUCUAGCGAGAUCUAGGUUCUCCUUAGUGACUCAGCAAACACUGAACACUUACCCUGGGUUAGGCACUGCAACGAGCAGUGGGAAUACAAAGAAAAAACAAACGCAGUGUCUGUCCUUGGAGUUUUCAUCCUGGUGGGGGAAACAACAUGUCUACACACAGGGUAGAUGGGGGGCACCUGGAGAAGGUGUUUAUUAUCAGUUUAGAUAGAGACAAUGCAUCAACCACAUAAGCAAAGCUCUGAUCAAUCCUGUGGGAAGGGUAUUGAAGGUGCUGGGCUGGGCUGGACUUGACGACUCCUCUUAGAGCCUCAUCUUUGGACAUCUGUAAAACGAGGACAAUAAUACUUUGCACUUAUCUACCUCACAGGAUUGUGGAGAAGAAAACACUUUGGGCAAAGCCCAAUGUAAACAGGAACUUUUAUUCGUGUCAAGGAGGAAAGAGCCAUUCCGUCAGGCCUUGGCUGGUCAGUGAUGGAUCUAUUGCUUGUCUCCUAUUUUCAGAUGGCUGGCAGAAUUUCCCUUUCAGGUUAAAUAUCUUAUGUGUAACAUUACUGCCACCUUCUGGACAAGAUGGGGAACUCUACCUUCCCAUCAACCUGAUAUAUCCAGGGCAGGGAACUGGUUUAAAUCAAUAUGCCAGAACUUAUCCAUCCCAGUGGUUAUCAUCUCCUUAAAGCUUGUGAAAACCUGUGCGCUUAUUUCAUUGAGGCUGUUGCUUGGAAAUUUCAGAGAGGCCUUUUUUGGAGGGAAGCUAUGGUUACACUUUUCUCCCCUCAAUCCCAUAAAGAAUGAUGAUGUUCCUUCCUCACCUCCUCUCUGGCUGUGGAACCAGCCAGAAUGCAUCAAAAGUCAAACCUGUUCUCAAUAGGCAAAGAUUUGUCACCCGCUCUGUCCUAGUUCAGAGAAGGUGCAGCAGGUUCUGAAGUCAAGAAGAGUCCCCAUCCCUCCUGGAGUGAGCACGGCUUCCUUGGGCCCCUUCUUGGGUGUGUGUAUUAAAUCAGUCACAUUACUUUUUGGUUAACCAUUAUGUGCCUGUCUUUAAGUUGUAUGGAUGCCUUAUGUUUUGACAUCGCUUACAUUUUCAAACAUGAGCAGCCAAGUGGCACGGUGGAGAAAGAGAGAGCUGGCCCUGAAGUCAGGAGGAUUCAUCCUCUGGAGGUGAGAGUGUCUGGCUUCAGACUAUCCCCAGCUCUGGGUAAGCCUAGGCCAGUCACUUAGUCCUGCUUGCCUCAGUUUCCUCAUCUGUAAAAUGAGCUGGAAAAGGAAAUGGCAAGCCACAGUAUCUCUGCCAAGAAAACCCCAAAUGGGAUCAUGAAGAGUUGGACACAUCUGAAUAGCAACAUUUCCAAACAUGUCCUUCCUGUAUCUCUACCUUGUUAGCCCCAAAUUAAAUCACAAAACAGAGUUCAACAAAACCAGAUGACACAAUGACUAUUUGAUAAAUGCAUUCCUUUAAUUUGUACCCAACUUUCACAACUCCUCCCCAUCACCCCACUUCUGUGCACACAAUUUUGGGUGAAAUUGGUUAUUUGGAAAGCUGAACCUGAUACUUGGGGAAUCAGAGGAGAGCAACGGAGGCCUCUUACUCUCAAAAACAACUGGAAGUGCAGAUUUAGGAUUGUAGAUGUAGAGGGUUCAUCUAGUUUAAUAAUGUUUUACAAAAGAGCAAACUGAGCCAUUGGCUAAGUGAUUUGCUUUUGGUUAAACAGCUAAAUGAUGAGUAGUUCAGAGUUAGGGCAGGUGGGGACUGUUUUAAAAGAAACAACAAUUCAGUUUGAAUAUGCAGCUGUCGUGUGCACAGGAAAUGGGAAAUCCAUCCUGUAUUGAUAUCAGUGUAAAGGGUGAUGGGAAUUGGGCUGCUCAAUCGCAGCAUACUUGCCCAUUCUUGGAGCUUUACUUUGGCUAAUUCCUUUCUUCCCUCUGCCCUUCAUAAAAAGUCAAGAGGAUUACAACAGUACCCUUAACACACUGAAGGCAGCACUGCACACCCAUGAGCUGUAGGCCAGAGAUCAGGUCUGGUGGAAGUGCGAAUUUAGGACAAUCAGAAGGACCAGAGCAGUCAUGUAACAGGUAGGUAUUGGUUAUUCAGCUCUGUGGGGAAUUCACUUUUUAAAAUUAAGCACCAUCUAAAGAUGUCAGAUACUGUGCUAGAUGACAGGAGGGGAAGACAAAUCCCUGCCCUCAAAAAGCUUACUUUUUUUUUUUUAAGCAUACAUUCUAUUAGUGGGAAAUGACCUAUGUAGAAAAGUAAAUAGAAAAUCUUUUCAGAGAGGAUACCAAGGACAUCAGGACAGGUCUCUUGGUAGGUGGUGCUUCAGCUGAGUCUAGAGAGGAGAUAUGUAUUAGAGGAGGGAAAGAUGCCAUACACUCCAGGAUGCACUGGGCCAUAGAGUGGUUGCAAAGGAAUGACUUGUACUAGGCCUAGAAAAAUAAGUUGAGCUAGAUUAUAUGCAGAAUAAAUGUUAAGAUGGUAGGGUUUUUUUUUUUUUGGUAGAUUGAACCUUUCAAAGUAGGGAGUUCCUAGUGAGGUACUUUUUCUUUUAACAUUUAUGUUUAUAGUAUUUUUUAAAUUACACAUAAAGAUGAUUUUUAACAUUAAAAAUUUUGAAUUCCAAAAUUUUCUCCUGAAAAUGGUAAGCAUGGUUCUAUGUAUGCAAUCAUGUAAAACAUUUUCAUUUUAGCCAUGUGAAAGAAGAAAAAGGCCAAAAGAACCACAAAAAAUAAAAUAAAAAUAUGCUUCAAUCUGCA